AUGGCAGACAUCUUCUCUUUGGGCCGAGCGCUGAACGCUUGGAAGCGAGCAGGGCACUGGCAACAUGCUUUGGGCCACUUUGCCGCGAUCGCCGCGCAGGUGCGGGUCAACGAGGUGGUCCUGAACACUGCGCUGGCCAGUGGCGGGCCCUGGCCCGUGACCUUAUCCCUGAGCGCCUCCGUUCCGCGGGAACCCCCAGCGAGCCACGCGAGCCUUGGCCUUGGGGUGGCGGCGGCGACGGCACCCUGGCAGUGCGCCUGGCGCCUGCUGGCCGGCGCAGAGGCCACGCAGCUGCAGUUGGACGUGCUGGGCUGCGCGGCAGGCGUGGUGUCAUGCGACGCGUGGCGUGACGCCUGCCACUGGGUGGCGCUGAAGCUGACGCCGUUCGCCACGGCCCGGGCCCGCGCAGCGGACGCUCUGAGCCAGGCGUUCUGCCAAGGCUCCAACUGGUCCGCCGCCCUCGAGGGCCUCGCGGCACCAGCCCUGGUGCCACUCAGCUGCGCGGCCCAGGCCUGCGGCGCGAGGUCCAAGUGGCGUGCUGCUGCGGCGGUCAUGCGGGGCGCAGCGGCUGACCGGCUUGCCCUGGACGCUAUCGCCCGCAACGUUGCCAUCACUGCGCUGGCCUCUGGCGGGCCUCGAUGGCGCCAGUGCUUGCGCCUGCUGUGGCUGCCCGUGGAAGGCCCAAGCUCGACACGCGCGCGCCAGGACACAAUCGCCCACAGCGCUUUGCUCCACGCAUGUUCCGGGUCGGCCUGGCGCUUUGCCUGUGAUGUGCUGCAGGGAAUGCCACGUCGGAAGCUCCAAGUCUCCCACACAGCCUGCAGCGCGGGCAUCACCGCGUGUCAGGGCCAGUGGCAAGUGAUGUCACGUCUCACCGCCCGCCUGGAGCAGCGUCGCCUGGCCCCGAGCCUUGCGCUGCACAACACCUUGGCCGCCGACGCGUCCGACGCCGGCAGCUGGCGGCGGGGCAUGGCUGCAGCCGAGCGCAUGGAACACCUGGCGCUGGUGAAGGACUGUGUCAGCUUCAACGGGCUGCUGGCGCACGGGCCCUGGCUGGUGGACUUGCAGCUGUACCGCACCUUGCAGCAGCUUAAGUUGGAACCCACGGAAGUGACCCACGGCGCAGUGGCGUCCUUCAAGUUCAAGUGGGAGAGAGCGCUGGUGCAUAUGCGCUGCAUGCUGCUGACAGCAGUGCAGAUCGGCGCUGUCACAGCUGGCGCUGCCCUGAAGACUUGCAAGGAGGCCUGGCAGCUCUGUUGCUCGCUGCUGCGCUUCGCGCCUGAGGAUGGAAUAUGCAGCAGCUUCGCCAUCAGCAGCUGUGAGCUGAAGGAAGUGCCAGCCAGGCGGACGCAACGCGAGCGCCUGGCACUUGCGUGCCACCUGGCACAAAAAGAGGGCAUCAGCUCAGGCGAGGAGCCUGACUGCUCCAGAGGCUAUGAGGCCUGGCUGCUGAAGGAAGCCAAGGCCCGGAAUCCGGAGAUCAGGACCUAUGCGCUGGCCUGGGGUGUUCCGGGCUGGAUCGGCAACGGCACCUUCUUUAGCGAGGACAACAUUUUCUACCACGUGGCCUGGCUGAAGUGCAUCAAGGAGCGCUUCAAGAUAGACAUCGACUACAUGGGGAUUUGGAAUGAGAGCCCCUGGGGGGAUUCCUGGUACAUCUUCGACUUGGCGGCCGCCAUUAAGGCGGCCCAGCUGCAGACUCAGCUGGUGCUUUUGGACUCGGCACCGGGCCAGCCUCCCACGGAGGAGUUCAUGGCUCUCUUCAGCCGUGAUGAGCGCUUUCAGCAGCUGGUGGCAGCUGUUGGUCUGCACUACCCCUGCACCCCCAACGAGCAGCUCCUGGACACUCUCCGGCCGCACCCGGGCACUCGCUUCUGGUCCUCUGAGGAGCUGUCCACGGUGGCAGACUGGGGCGGAGCUGGCUGCUGGGGCCGGAUGAUCAACCAGAACUACGUUCGGAUGAACGCGACGUCGUCCAUUGCCUGGUCGCUGAUUUGGAGUGUGUACCCGAACCUGGAGUGCUUUGGGAAUGGCCUCCUCUACGCCUUCGAGCCCUGGAGUGGUCACUAUGAGGUCAUGGCUCCAGUGUGGGCCACCGCCCACACCACCCAGUUCACGAAGCUCGGUUGGUCCUACCUCCCCCCGGGCGAAGCUGCUGGGCUGCUGCCGGAGGGCGGCACGUUUGUGACGAUCGCCAGUAGCGACCUCCAGGACUUUACCAUCGUCUUGGAGACGCUCCAAGGUCGCUGCAUGUACGGGAACGGGUGCUUCCACACGGUGGAGGCGAAAAGGGAGCAGAUGCUGCAGCUUCAGCUGAGCAGCAACCUCUCCGCCGCAGCGCGCGGCAAGGAGUUGGAGGUGUGGUCCACGAAUGCCACCCAUUGGUUUCAGCGGCUGGACAACGUUCAGGUAGAUGAGCAGGGUCGACUCAGGAUUUCGGUGGGCGUGGAUGCCCUCGUCACCAUCACAACGCUGCAGGGAGCUACAAAGCAAGGGCGACGAGGUGCAGGCGAAGUGCACAGGUCGCAGGCGCCAGAGAUUCCGGCGCCUGCUGCCUUUCCUCUUCCCUUCAAAGAGGUCUUCGAGUCCCAGCCUCUGCGCCGGUCCCCCGCCUUCUUCUCGGACCAGGGCGGCGCCUUCGAGGUGGUGGAGGACGAUGGCUUCCAAGCAGAUCUGAGGCGCAACCGGGUGCUGGAGCAGCAGGUGCUUGAGGUGCCCAUCGGCUGGGGCAGAAGCGCCCCUGAGCCGUUGACGCUCUUCGGAGGCACGAACUGGACGGACUUGGAAGUGGAGGUCUCUGCACGCUUCGAGGGCACUGGUAGCGCCAAUGGCUUCGCUCCCCUGGCGCCCUUCGGCCAUGCAGAGGGUGUCAGCUUGCUGGCAACUCCGUCCAAGGCCUACGUGGGCCUUUGCGCUCGGGUUUUGCGCUACACCUUCUUUAACACCGGCGGGAAGCCAGAGGGCUACUGCCUGCAGGUGACGAAGGGCCCGGGUUUGCUGUGGGGCCUCUACGUGGCUUCGGAGCUUGUGGCUGCCGGGCCGUUGGGCCUGGAGUCCGAAGAGAAGCUCGCGAGCAAAGGAUGGCUGCGACUCCGACUGGAGGUGCUCAAGGCCCGCAUCUCCGCUUUUGUGGAUGGUGUGCGACUGGCCAGCAUCGUCGAUACCAGCCUCCCAGUAGGGCAGGUGGCGCUGAGUUGCGGGUACCACAAGUGCCAAUUCGACGACAUCCAGGUGCUGCCAAGGGGAGGCCCUAUGCCCACCCAUCCCGUCACCGCCUUUAUGCUGACGACCAGACCACUCCUCAACUUCUACAGACCUGUUACCUUCAACUACGAUGCACGAAGCUGCGACCCCACCCCCGCGCCGGUGCGCAAGCGCGGGGACUUCACCGGCUUUGCGGGUCUCACCUUUGUGCCGAAGCUGCCGCUGGCAGUGGCCGCUUUGGGGCGUUUGGCGCUCCGGGGCGGUCAGCCGCUGGGAGCAGUUCACAACGUUCAGCUGAUGCGCCUGGACAAGGAGGGUCUGCACCACAUCGCCAGCGCGGCGGUCCCCUCGGUGCCCACUGAGCAGGUGGGCAUCAUAUCUACAGAUGAAGGCUACCAGUACGCAGAGUUGAAGGAGAAGAUCACUUUGACUCCUGGAGAAAAGUAUGUCCUCGCGUCCUCUGAGAUUUCGGGCGGGGACUUCUUCUACGACAAGGCCCACGCACAACCCGGGCUCGGCGUGGAGAUCCUCGGCCCGGAUUUCUGA